AUGUUCUUGUGUCUAGCGACAACAUGUGGUUUUACGCUUGCACCAAUGAUGUUAUAUUCAACUGGCUCUUAUCCGUACUCGGUCGCUGUUGGUGACUUAAAUAACGAUAAUCAAUUAGAUAUUGUUGUUGCCAAUUAUAACAGUCAUACUGUAAGUGUUUUUCUUGGACAUGGCACUGGGACUUUUGCAACUCAAAUAAUGUUUUCCACUGACUAUUAUCCGUAUUGGGUCGCCGUCGGUGACUUUAACAACGAUAACCAACUGGACAUUGUUACUGCCAAUGUUAACAGUCAUACUGUGAGUGUUCUUCUGGGACAUGGUAAUGGAACGUUCGCAACUCAUAAGACAUUUUCAACUGAUUAUUAUCCACAUUCGGUUGCCGUUGGUAAGUUUAACAACGAUAAUGAAUUGGAUAUUGUUACUGCUAAUUAUGGCAGCAACACUGUGAGUGUCCUUCUUGGACAUGGCAACGGAACUUUUGCAACACAAAGGGCGUUUGCAACUGGAAGUUCUCCAUACUCAGUCGCUGUUGGUGACUUUAAUAACGAUAAUCAAUUGGACAUAGUUACUGCGAACUUUGGCAGUAGCACUGUGAGUGUCCUUCUUGGACAUGGCAACGGAACUUUUGCAACUCAAGAAACGUUUUCAAGUGGUUCUCUUCCUUACUCGGUCGCCGUUGGUGACUUUAGCAAUGAUAAUCGACUGGAUAUUCUUACUGCCAAUUAUGGCAGUCACACUGUGAGUGUUCUUCUUGGACAUGGCAACGGAACUUUUGCAACUCAAGAGAUGUUUUCAACUGACUUAUAUCCACUUUUCGCUGCGAUUGGUGACUUGAAUAACGAUAAUCAACUGGACAUAGUUGCUGUCAAUUCUGGUAGUUCCACUCUGAGUGUUCUUCUUGGUUAUGGUAACGGGAGUUUUGCAACGAAAAUGACGUUUUCAACUGGCUAUUAUGAAUCUUCGGUUGCUAUGGGUGAUUUUAACAACGAUAGUCGACUGGAUAUGGUAGUUGGUAAUGUUUUUAGUGCGACUGCUGGUGUCUUUUUAAAGAUGUGCUAG